AGGUAUUGGAAGAAAUGUUAAAUUAAUAUUUGUUUUUAAUAUUUAGGAAGGCAGUGGAAGAGCUAUUGACAGAAGCUAAGCGUGGGAAAACUAGAGCAGAAACAAUGGGGCCCAUGGGCUGGAUGAAGUGUCCUCUUGCCAGUACAAAUAAAAGAUUUCUUAUUAACACUAUUAAGAACACAUUGCACUCACCAACAGAGCAAGACCAAGAACAGGAGCAUCAAGAAGAAAAUAAAGAAUCUGAGCCAAGUCAGAGCAGGGAAGAAGAAACCAAACCAAAGAGACACAGACUGCAUCCUUACAAACCUAGUUUUCGGUCUAGGAGAAGAGUCAGCUACUCUCCUCCCAGGCAUAGGCGCAAGCACAGGAACCAGAACACAAAGGACAAGGAUGAAAAGCGAUCCAGCAAAUAAUGAGAAAACAUUAUGGCGAAGAAUAUAAUUAAGCUAUUAAUUGUGGGGAAAUGUUCAUUUAACUUGUGACUUGAAAGUAUUGCUCAGUACAAAUAUCUGUUGUAACAGUUUAAAGUUGAGUCCUUACGUACCUAAAAAUGAUUCUGUGCUUCCUUUCUGUUACUAUAUCACCCCAAAUUAAAUUUUGAUGGUUGUGAAGA